AUGAACGAACGAAGUAGGGUGACCGCUGAGAACCACUUACGCAGUUCCAACCCACUUGUAGGAAAUAGCAACCAACUCCUAGACUUCCUGGGCCUCCUGGAUCUCCCGGCGUUCCUGGAAAUCCUGGCGAUCCUGGCCCUCCUGGUCCAGCCGGACCACCUGGUCAAGGUAGAAAUGGAUUAA